AUGCAGUCUUGCGCGGUGAUCGGCUGUGGGCCAGCUGGAAUGGCGGCCAGUACGGUGCUGCGGCAGAGCGGGUUGCUCGUCACGUGCUUCGAUCUUGCCCCCGAGCCGGGCGGCAUCUGGGCUCACAACGCACGCGACAUCUUCUCCAGCCGCGGAUGCGUCUCUCCCAUUUACCCGUCUAUGCGCUGCGUGCUGCCCAAGGAGCUGAUGGCGUUUAGUGACGUCCGCUUCGACUACGCCGUCGCGCAGUUCCCGCACCACACGGCUGUGCAGCACUACAUGCACCAAUACGCUGCACAGAAGGGCGUGCGCUGUCUCACGCGGUUCAACACAAAGGUGGAGUCCGCCCGCUUCAACCCGGCGGACCGCAUGUGGAAGAUCAUAUCCGUGAACGUCGUGAACGGGGAUGUGAUGGAAUGGUCCUUCGACAAGGUAUGCGUGUGUACCGGGCAGACGCAGGAAGUACGCUUCCCCGCCGGAAUGCGGGAGGUACUUGAGGGGUACGUGCGCGAGGGUGGAGAGGUGCACCACGCCGCGCACGUGAAAGACUUCCGCUCGUUUCACAGGAAGCGCGUCGUCGUCGUCGGCAACGGCGUCUCCGCUUACGACUACUGCGUCGAGCUAAAGCGGAUGGGGGCAGAGGUGUACCAAAGCAUCACCGCAGCGGCCCCCACCUCGGCAUCAUCUGGUCCUCAGACAGGCUUCGCGAGCUCCUCGCUCACUGCCGAGCUCUGGAAGGACAUGGCGGCGGCGCCGUGGGGGCGCGGGCUGGCGACAAAGGAGGUGUCGGAUGUGCGGGUGGCCGCCGACGCCGUCACGCGCCUCGCCGGCCUCGCGGCUCGCCUCCCGUGGCUGCGCAACGAUGUGCACGCGGCGAACGAUGUGGUGCGCAAGUGGCUGCGGUACCGCAAUAUGCGGCUGGAGGUCAUCCCAGCGGUGGGGCUGCCGCUUGACAACGACGGGCGCGGGCUGCGCUUUGCUGCCGAUCCGUCGGUGCGGCGGAGCACUGCGGACAUUGUGGCAGAGGCGAAAGAGCGCGUCGGUCACCUCGACGUGUCGUCGGCCGCGCCGUCGGCGGAGGUGUUUAUCGACAAGGUCGAUGCUGUCAUCUGCGCUACAGGGUACAAGCAUCGAUACCCCUUUCUGCACCCCGACGUACGCCGCGCCCUGGAGGAGGAUCAGCUUCUGCUCACUUCGUCCACCUCAUCGUCUCCGUGCAGCGCCUCGAGCGACGCGGCAGGCGGUCCUCCAGCGGCCAGCCGCCAUGGACUUUACCUGGGCACACUUUGGUGCGCCGAACCUUCGUUGGCGAUGGUGGGCUAUCAAAAGGACCUGCUGCCCCCCUUUCUGUUGUUUGAGGCACAGGCGCGCUUUAUCGCGUACGCUUUCACUCAGCGUGUGCCGCUCCCCGACGGCGCGGAGGCAAUGCGUGUGAAGGAGGAUGGUUUAGUGAGGGCAAACCCCGCCCUGGCUGACCUGUACAGCGGAGACGGGGUGGGGCUGCACUCGGCGGCGUACUUCAACGUCCUCCAGCACGAGCUGGGCGUGAGCUCCCGCGACACAUACACCGCCAAGGUGCUGCAGCGACACAAGUGGCUUCUGCGCUCCACACUGGUGCGCAUUUACCACAAGUGCCGCUCUAUGGCGCCCCUCAAGCGCAAAGAGCAGCACCUGCUGUUUAGUAACAAGAUUUAG